UUGGACUGAAGAAUGACACAGACGACACAGAGAGAGAGAUAAUCAAAACGUCUGACUCAAUAUGUCCGCUCUCCCUGCCUCUGAUGUGAGGCAAGAAGAGGAAGAAGGAGCAGCUGCGGCAGCACCGGAGCAGGCAGACACGCAGCUGAUGUACAAGAUAGAGCGUCCGGUUUACGAUGAAGCCUUCAUCCGAUCGCAGCUGCUCCACCGCAAGGAGAGCUCCAUCACCUUCAGACAGAGGCUGGCACAGAAAUUCAGGUGUUCAGCCAAGGCGGCGGUUCUGAGCUUCCUGCCUAUUCUCACGUGGUUGCCGGCGUAUCCGGUCAAGCAGUACCUGUUUCAAGAUGUGGUCUCAGGUCUCAGCACAGGAGUCGUGCAGCUCCCUCAAGGUCUAGCCUACGCUAUGCUGGCUGCCGUGCCUCCAGUUUAUGGUCUGUACUCCUCGUUCUACCCCGUCCUGCUCUACACCUUCUUUGGCACAUCCAGACACAUAUCCGUAGGCACCUUCGCAGUAAUAAGUCUGAUGAUAGGGGGCGUCGCGGUGAGGGAAGCCCCGGACUCGAUGUUCUUGCUCCCCGCCAACGGCUCUAACGUGUCUACCAUCCUGGACGUGGAGGCACGUGACGCUAGGAGGGUCCAGGUGGCCGUGGUGCUCACAACCCUGGUGGGAAUCAUCCAGUUCAUAUUUGGUCUUCUCAGGUUCGGCUUUGUGGCGAUCUACCUCACAGAGCCCCUGGUGCGAGGCUUCACCACAGCAGCGGCCGUGCACGUCGUCGUCUCGCAGCUAAAAUACCUGCUGGGUGUUAAAACACAGCGUUUCAGUGGGCCUCUCUCCGCCAUAUACAGCGUCAACGCGGUAUUCAGUGACAUCACCAGCACCAACAUCACCACCCUCAUCCUGGGCCUGGUGUGUCUCGUCUUUCUGUACAUCAUCAAAGACCUCAACGAGCGCUUCAAGAAGAAACUGCCCAUCCCGAUUCCCGGAGAGAUUAUCGUGGUCAUCGUUUCGACGGGCGUCUCGUACGGCUUGUCGCUAUCGGACAGCUACAGCGUGGAUGUGGUCGGGAAGAUACCAACAGGGCUUCUCCCUCCUUCUGUGCCAGAGUUCUCUUUAUUACCAAAUUUGAUCACAGACUCCUUCACUGUAGCCAUUGUCGGAUUCUCGAUGGGCAUGUCUCUGGCCAAAACUUUUGCCCUGAAGCACAACUACAGCGUGGACGGCAACCAGGAGCUGAUCGCCCUCGGCCUGUGCAAUUUCAUCAGCUCUUUCUUCAAAACGUUCGCCAUCACCUGCUCCAUGUCGAGGAGCCUGGUGCAAGAGAGCACUGGAGGGAAAACACAGAUUGCAGGACUGCUGGCGUCUCUGGUGGUGCUGCUGGUGGUGGUGGCCAUCGGGUUUGUCUUCCAGCCGCUCCCUCAGACUGCGCUGGCAGCCAUCAUCAUGGUCAACCUGCUGGGGAUGUUUAAACAGUUCAGAGACAUACCUACUCUGUGGAGGACCAGCAAGAUCGAACUGGCCAUCUGGCUGGUAGCUUUCAUAGCGUCGGUGCUGUUGGGGCUGGAUUACGGCCUGCUGGUGGCCGUCACAUUCGCCAUACUGACAGUCAUCUACAGAACACAGAGCCCUAAAAGCUCCGUCCUGGGCUAUGUUCCCGGCACGGGUAUGUACUGCGAUGUGGACGAGUACGAAGAGGCGGUUGAAUGUGAGAGGAUUAAGAUUUUCCACUCCAACUCUUCAAUCUACUUUGCUAACAGUGACCUCUAUGUGAACGCCCUCAAGGAGAAGACGGGUGUAAACCCCGAACGCUUACAGGCUUCCCGCAAAGCCCGGAAAAAACAGAAGCAGAAGGAAAACGGCAGUCAGAAGUCUCCACCGAAGAUCCGUAUUGAUGGCAUGAAGGAGGGUGUGACUCAUGAGGUUUUGUCCUAUGACCACAUGGCGGAGGAGGAGCAGAGGAACGGCCAGCUGGCGGACAGACACAACGAGUCCGACUCAGAGGAGGUGGUCUUCUUCGUACCUCUUGGCUCCGUUCACUCCAUCAUCCUGGACUGGACGUCCGCCACCUUCAUCGACUCCGUCGGAGCCAAAGCCAUCAAACAGGUCAUCAAGGAGUACGCUGCAGUGGAUGUUCGAGUGGUCAUAGCCGGCUGCAGCAGAAUCCUUGUGUCUGAGCUGGACACCUUAAAGUUCUUCACGGGGAUCAUGACCCCAGAGAUGAUGUUCCCCACCGUCCACGACGCCAUGCUGUACUGCCAACACUCCCCGCCCACCAGAUGCCACAACCAAUGAAACCAGCUGACGGUGGCAGGGGGAAUGACGGGUCACUCGUCCCGACCUACGCAGCAGGUUUUUGGGGGGGUGGAAGAGGCUGCACCGGAACCGGAGGAGCGGCGAUCCCGUCUCCACGAGCGAUCCACCAGCACAGUGGAGAUGAACUGAGCAAUCAUUCAUAUUGAAUAGAGGAGUGUUUAUAGCUGUGCUGGAUGUUUUUCCCUCUCAUAAAACACUCCAGAAGCUAAGUUUGUUAAAAUUUUAAGUGCCCAAAGUAGUAACAGAAGAGGCUUUUUAUCCUAUAAGAAAUUCAGGAUUGAGUUUCCAGCUGACAUUCCUACAGCCUUAUUCUAAGUGUGCAUCCUCUGUGGCAGUACAUGCUGGGAGGGAACUGUUGUAGAGUUGCACUUUUAAUGUAUUUUUGUAGUUCUUUUAAGUGUUUCCACUGUUGUAGUCAGGAGAAGACGGUUUUAAAGUGAACCACUGCUGCUGCUCUUCUCCAAUCAAUCACAUUACAGUGAUUUCUGGAAGAGUUCAGUUAGUGGUGGAGACUUAUUUGAAGCUGCCUCUGUUUAAUCAUGCUGGUUACUGAGAUUAUUACGGUUACUUUAUUAUACAUACUGAGAUAUAUUUCUUUAUUGUUUGUGGGUACUGAGAUGUUCUGAUGGAUGAGUGUCACAUUUUCAGAUGUAUUUUUUUGUGGAAUUAUGUAUUUAAACUUGCAAAAAACCACCAUCACUGGUCAAGCUGCAGUGUUGUGUGUGUGCGUGUGUGUUGUUACCAUAGUGGCUACAUUUGCAUUGCUGUCUGAGUGCAACACUAAUGUAUUAUUGUACAAUCUGUCAAAAGACAUUGUUA